CCUCUCUCUACAUCUUUCUAAUAUAUAUAUAUAUAGUGUAUAUAUAUCAUAUAUAGCUAUAUACACAGAGUUCGUUGAUUAUAAGGGCAAAAAUGAAGAAAAUGUGGAAGAGUAAUCUGGCUAUGAAGACUGGUGGUGAUGGAGGCGCGUGGAUCGCUUCUGAUUUGAAAGAUCUUGGAAAUGCAGCCAAGAAGCUCGCCAUUCACACCGUCAACCUCGGAAGCCUCGGAUUUGGCACGACAUUUCUUCAAUGGGUUGCUGCCUGCGCUGCAAUUUACUUGUUGAUCUUGGAUCGAACAAACUGGAGGACCAAUAUUCUUACAUCACUUCUAAUCCCUUACAUUUUCUUCACUCUUCCUUCAAUACUGUUCAACUUCUUCAGGGGAGACGUUGGAAAAUGGAUUACUUUCAUUGGUGUUGUAUUGCGUCUCUUCUUCUCGCGAUAUUUUCGAGAUUGGUUUGAAUUGCCUGGCGCUUUGAUCCUUCUCAUUGUGGUGGCUCCCAGUCUGAUUGCUGACACCGUAAGGAACGACUGGAUUGGUGUCGUAAUAUGUCUUGCCAUUGGAUGUUAUUUGCUUCAGGAACACAUCCGAGCAUCGGGUGGGUUCAGAAAUUCCUUCACAAAGAGUAAUGGCAUUUCCAACUCGGUCGGCAUAGUUCUUCUCUUUGUGUAUCCCGUCUGGGCAAUCGUGCUUUACAUCCUUUAGGCACUUUCUGCAGCCGGUUUGUUUCUCGGUUAUCAAACUUACAUAUUUGGUGACAUUGUUAUGUUUGCGUUAUUACUGUUUGCUUGGUUGAAUUGAUGGAACCUUUUAUCAGAAAGGGGCUUGGACCUAAUGUUUAUUACAAUUAUGUAUUAGACGUGUGUGUAUGUAUUUGUUGAAGAAAA